AUGACACUACAAACCCUUGCGAUCGCCGCCAUCGCGGUCGUCUUCUUCGUUAUUCGCUACCUCAAUCGGACGGACGUUCCUAAAAUCAAAGGCAUCCCCGAAAUCCCCGGGGUGCCUAUGUUUGGCAAUCUGCUACAACUGGGCGAGAAGCACGCGACGGUGGCCGGAGCAUGGGCGAAGAAGUUCGGCCCGGUGUUCCAGGUUCGCAUGGGAAAUCGGCGUGUCAUCUUUGCCAACAGCUUCGACUCCGUCAAACAGCUCUGGAUCAAAGACCAAUCGGCUCUCGUAUCGCGCCCAACCUUCCACACCUUCCACAGCGUCGUCUCCACUUCGCAGGGCUUCACCAUCGGCACCUCUCCCUGGGACGAGUCCUGCAAACGACGCCGCAAGGCCGCCGCUACAGCGCUGAACCGACCCGCAGUGCAAUCUUACAUGCCGAUCAUCGAUUUGGAAGCGACUUCCAGCAUCAAGGAACUCUUCAAGGACAGCAAGGGUGGCACGGUCGACGUCAAUCCCACGGCCUAUUUCCAGCGAUUCGCCCUCAACACAAGUCUGACGCUGAACUAUGGGUUCCGCAUCGAAGGCAACGUGGAUGACCAGCUGCUGAGGGAAAUCGUGGACGUCGAACGCGGGGUGUCCAAUUUCCGGAGUACCAGUAAUAACUGGCAGGAUUAUAUUCCCUUGUUGCGGAUCUUGCCCAAGAUGAACCGUGAGGCGCAGGAGUUCCGUGCCCGGAGAGAUAAAUACUUGACCUAUCUGUUGGGCAUAUUGAAAGAUCGGAUUGAGAAGGGAACGGAUAAGCCGUGUAUCACAGGCAAUAUUCUCAAGGAUCCGGAGGCGAAGCUGAACGAUGCCGAGGUGAAAUCCAUCUGUCUGACUAUGGUCUCUGCCGGGCUGGACACUGUCCCUGGUAACCUGAUUAUGGGCAUUGCGUACCUGGCCUCCCAAGAAGGUCAGGAAAUCCAACAGAAGGCGUACGACGAAAUCAUGGAGGUCUACCCCGACGGCGACGCGUGGGAAAAAUGUCUCGUGGAAGAGAAAGUGCCUUACGUGACUGCCCUGGUCAAAGAGACACUGCGAUUCUGGACUGUCAUUCCGAUCUGUCUGCCGCGGGAGAGCACUAAGGAAAUUGUAUAUAACGGCGCGAAGAUCCCUGCAGGGACUACUUUUUUCAUGAACGCUUGGGCAGCGGACUAUGACGAGGACCACUUCAAAAUGCCUCACAAAUUUAUCCCCGAACGAUACCUCGAGCAGACUGAGGGUGCCGGCACGCCUCAUUACGGCUACGGCGCCGGCUCUCGCAUGUGUGCCGGCUCACACCUGGCCAACCGUGAGCUCUACACGGCGUAUAUCCGCCUUAUUACGGCGUUCAAAAUGUCUCCGCCCAAGGAUCGAGCCGAUCAGCCGAUCUUGGACGCUAUCGAGUGCAAUGCCAUCCCGACGGCGUUGACGACGGAACCGAAACCGUUCAAGGUGGGAUUCCAGGCGAGGGAUCCAAAGAGCUUGACGAGGUGGAUUGCAGAGAGUGAUGAGCGAACGAAGGAUCUCUGA